AUGUCACAAGAAUCGCGUCAGAAGCGCAGAAAAUCCUUGGAACACGUAACCCUUCGCCACCACAACUCGACCGACAGCAUCCCGGUCGGCGCCGAUUUCCAGACUUACCAGCAGCCAGGACCUAGCCCGGGCCCGGGAGCGCGCCCCGACACUUUUGAGACCCCGAACAGACGUGGCUUUGAAAGGAUGAAUACCCCGCCACCCCGCGAAAACGCGAGUGCACCCCGACCGGAAGAAAAUGCUCGGCAAACCUUCGACGCCUUGGCUUCGACGUUUGAAGCGCUGCACCGGAUGACGAUCACCACCACCGAGGAAAGCCGCCGUUUCGCCAAUUUGCCGGUUCCGGAACGAAUCUCUUAUAUCAGGAAUUACUCGGAUGGGAAAUGCCGGCAACUUUUGGAGGCGGAGAUUUUGCGCGGGGAGCAGCUGGAGGACAAGAAUAAGCUAUAUCUGCAAAGAAAUUACGAUCUCGAGAAUCGGCUGGCCUUCGCGGAGACGAAUCUGAUGCGAAUGCAGCAUGACGUGAUGGACAAGGCGAAAAUGACGAUUGACGGUCUGGUGACAUCCCUUGACGGCGAGAAGCGGGCCAAUGAAGCGCUGCGGGCUUCGGUCAAGGCGCUAGAGUCCACCCGGGUAGCACUCGAUGAUACUUGUCAACGGCAAGCCGAAGAGAUAUCCGAAUUGAAAAAGGCCAACUCCCAGCUGAAAUUUGACUUCCAAACCACUGACACCCAACGGCGCACCCUGGAGGAUCAGCUGGACGUGACGAGGCGACGCGAGGCUGGGGUGACAGAGCAGGCCGCCAAUGCUGAGAAGGAGGUGCGGAGGCUGUCCGAGGAAUUGCGAGAAGCCCAGAAAGCCGUCACGCAAUAUAAACAGGACAUGAGAAAAAUCGAGUUAAACCAGACGAACGCGUCAGAGCGGCUGAAGGAGGAGAAGAAAACGUACCUCAAUAAUCUGCAACAGGAAUGGAACGGGUUGAAGAGUCGCCUGGAGAAGGAGCACGGGGCUGAGAUGGCCGCACUGCGAGGCCAAUCCGAGCGACUACAGACUGAGCUCGACGACAUGCAACACGAACUUCGGGCCGCCCUUCAUAAGAUCCGCGAGCUGGAGCACGGCCGGAUGGCGUUUGAGCAGCGGACCAGCGAGGAUCUACAGCGUCGCAUGAUGGUCAAGUACCGCGAUUUGGUGCAGGACCUGGCGCCGCGACGAGAAGUCUCCCCUCCCACCAUUCCUCCAAGCUAUCGGGCGCCGUUCGACCAAGAGAAUGCUGGCCCCUCCGAUCAGCCACCCGAGAAGAUGGGCCGUAAAGAAGCCCUCACCUCCGUGAUCACGAAAGCCCUGCAGAACCGCCAGAAACGCCAC